UCGAAUAUUACAAAAGAAAAUGUUUUUUUUUUUUAGAAUAGAAAAUUUAAAUACUGGCGCAAAUAUAGAAAUUCAAUAGUAAAGUGUUUCAAAAGGCCAGGUUAGAUGAGGGGCACACCUUUCUAAACGGAUAAACAAAAGUUUGGAAUAACUGUUCACAAAAAUAACGGAAUGAGCCAUUCAAAACAAUCGCCCCUCGGUUUCACCUAACUGACGCCUCCCAUAAAAGAAGUCAUGUAAGCUUAUCGAAAGUAUUGACAACGAUUUAUUUCAACGAUGAGCUGCAGAAUCGCGUUUAAAGGCUUUGGCAUCAGGGAUGUGCUCAGCAGAGUGUAUGCUGAGAGGAACGUCAAGAGGUACCAUCUGAGCAGCAGGCUUUUCCCGAGCGAAAGGCUCAAGAAUAACGCUCCUCCUCUGACUAAUGCCACAGCUAAAACACUGGUUAUGAAGCUGACCGAGAAAGAACGCACAAUUCUUCAAUUCGCUUUAAAAGAAUUCGAAGCUGAAUUGAGAAAAGAAGAGUACAGAGGCCAGCUUGCAGGUUUUCGUUGGAGAUCCAAAUUUGGGAGGCCGACUAAGUGCACAAACCUUGGUGAUGUGGAUCCGACUGGGUCUUACUGUCCAUUGCCUGAAGACUGGCUUUCAAAAAAAUGUGAAGAAAAUCCUCAAAAUGUUACCCAACCAACAACUCCGCAACUAUUUCAAGUUUUGGUCCACAAUGCGAUUCCGUUUGUUGGCUUUGGAUUUUUAGACAAUUUUGUUAUGAUAAUAUGUGGCGACUACAUUGAAUUCAAACUCGGCUCUCUUUUGGUCAUGUCUACGAUGGCAGCGGCUGCCCUGGGCAACACGUUGUCAGAUGUCCUCGGUAUCGGGUCUGCAUACUAUGUGGAGCUGGCUGCUCUUAAAAUCGGUUUCAAGCCGCCAGACCUUUGCCCGAUUCAACUCGCUAUGUCCUGCAGUAAAAUGGCAUCCAAUCUGGGUAGAGUUGUUGGUGUGACAAUUGGAUGUCUUCUCGGAAUGUUACCUCUUUUGUUUAUUAAUACUAAUGAGGAGGAUAAAACCAAAACCAAAACCAAAACCACCUAAAAAUUUUAUCUUACAUUUUAUGCUAAUUUAAAAUAUUUAACUAGUACCUCUUUAUUUUUUAAAAUAAUUAAUUAAUAAUAAUUAAUUUAUCAAUAUUAUAAUCUUAAGACUGCAUCAACAUAAAAAAAUGAAAUAUGAACUAAAGUAAAAACCAAUUUCAUUGUUACAUUUUAGAAUUUUGUACAAAAACUGCACUGACUGACUUCUAUAAUAUAGCUGUAAAUCUACCAGGUUUCAAAGUUAAAUUUUUUUUGAAAGGUUUAGCUAUUUUUGCACUAAUUUUUAUGUCAUUUUUCCAUAGGUAAAAUGUUGUUCAAAUAAUGUUUAGUAAUGUUUUCGUAACUUACAAGGCUUUUUAGGCACUGCAAUACAAGCUCAGUUACCAAACUUUGUGAUUUUAAUAAAUUAUGCUUGGCUGUACACAUUUUUAAA